AUGCUAAUGGCCGUGAUGACCUCUAGAAAGUUCCUCGAAACAAGAGCAUUGGAUAUUCAUGAAACAUGGGGUUCGAGGGUACCAGGAAGCAUCCUUUAUUUCGUUGGAGAUGCUGAAACGUACGCUGGUGAUCUACCUGUAGUGACGUUAAACAAUAUCAACGAUACUUCUUAUCCACCACAACGCAAAUCCUUCACCAUGAUAGAAUUCAUCUCCAAAACAUUAACAGAUCAUUAUGAGUGGUUCGUGCGUUCGGACGAUGACAUAUAUAUCCGCACGGACAAGCUGGAACUCUUGCUCAGGCGACUGGACAGUUCAAAGGCCUGGUAUAUCGGACAGCCAGGCUAUGGUUUAAAGCAUGAAAGAGGCAAACUUGGAUUGGUUAAGCCAUUUUGUAUGGGCGGCGUGGGAAUCACUUUUUCAAGGAGUGUGUUAGUGGAGGUCGGAAAACACCUUGUUUCAGAUUGUCUGAACAAUACGGUUACGACACAUGAGGACACAGAGCUUGGUCGCUGCAUCUACAAAUUUACUGGCCUGCCUUGUACCACUUCUUCAAAGGUAGGGGAACUCAAAAUAUUGUUUAACUCAGCUAUACGUCGAACAAAUGGUCGUUGUGAUUGGCUGGAAGUGGGCGCCAUUACUCUUCAUCCCAUAAAGGUUCAUCCUCAUAUGCUGAGGAUAGACUCUCUUUACUCCGAUCUCAAAGUUCAACAACUUGUACAAAAAAUGAACAGUUUACAACAAGAAAUUUUCGAUUCGGAUGAGACUUUGAAGACCAAGAUGGGGACAUUGAUGACUACUGCAGGCGAUGUUGAGAUUCUGGACGACGAUGUGGUUUUGGGGUCAGAUAUCGCAUUUAAAUUUGAAAAUGCACCCGAAUCCCGUGCAAAGAUAGAGGACCUACCUAGACUCAUUGAAAAGGAGAUAGAGUACGAAUGGGAUUCUUUAGACUGGAGGAACCGGCGUCUGAAUACUCAAGGUAGCGAAUACCACAAAACAAAGAUGUACUUCACUUCAUCUAUUUUUAUUCCUAAAAUAGCCACUGAGCUCGAAAUCAAAUACGGUUCAAAGUUGGAAUUCAAAAAAUUGUUACCGUUUAUCUACUUGCGUCUUAAAUCAGGAACGGAUAUAGAGUUCAUACUUCAACACAAAGACAACAACAACAAGAAGCAUCUCAUAAAAACUAUCCAAAAGUUUUCUGGUAUACAAUUCCGAGAGAUGAUGCCGCUUCCACACCCUGAAACCUGGAUCAUCCUGCCACUGUUGGGGAGAUCAAUAGAAUAUCGACGAUUUUUGGACACGUUGGUUCGAGCUGUUGAAAAGAAUGGAAAGUUGAUCAAGCUGAAGGUAGUGCUUUACGAAGAUGGCGGAGGCCAAUUCCGUCUGACGCAAAAGAUCUCAAAUCAUUUCCGGAACUCUUCCAAAAAUUUGUCGAUCCUGACAAUUCUAACUAAAGGACCAUUUUCGCGAGGACGAGCCAUAUCCAAAGGAGUUGAGCAACUGUCGUUGAAUUCUCUGUUGAUUUUCAUGGACGUAGACAUGUACAUUGACGAGUACUUUCUCCACCGCGCAGUACUCAACACUAUCCGAGGCAAACAGGUCUGGUUUCCUAUCUGCUUCAGUCAAUUCAAUCCGAUAAUCGCGUGUUACAGAAAGCAUCAUUGCUCAAUGGAGAACAAUCACGGAGACGAUUUCGGUCUGUGGCGAGAAUUUGGAUUCGGGAUUGCAUCCAUGUACAGACAAGACUUGAUCAAAGUUGGCGGAUUCAAUUUAAAAAUCCAGGGAUGGGGUAGAGAGGAUCAGGAAUUGUAUGAAAAGAUUAUUCAGAGAUCCGACCUGCACGUGUUAAGGACAGUUGAUCCUUCCUUAAUACAUAUAUAUCACGAAAAGUCAUGUAACCGAGAAGAGCUGGGAGACAAAUUUACGGAUUGUCUUGGAUCCAAGUUGUCUUUGUAUGGUAACAUGGAUACUCUAGCGACUAUUGUGAUGGAUUUAAGAGUGAUAAAGGUAUGA